AUGAAAGCAAUAAUAGGUUUACUACAUUUAUCUGGUUCUUUACGAUCGUCCCAUCAAAAUUUAUGUGAUUUGUGGAGGACUGAUGGAUUAGGUGUCGAUUAUUUCCAAGCGACUAUGAAUAUAAGAAGAUUUCGGUUUAUAUUACAAUGUUUGAGAUUUGAUAACGUUAAUUCUAGAAAUACUCGGAUAAAAACCGAUAGAUUAGCUUCUUUGAUGAAAUGCUCGAGUCGUUCAGAGGAAAAUGUAGGUUUAUAUAUAGUACCACUAGCUACUGAAUUACUGAAAAAACACAGAAUAACCAUGGUAGGGACUAUAAGAAAAAACAAAAGGGAAAUACCUCCAAAUUUUUGUCAUACACGUGGUAAAAUUAUACAGUCGAAUAUGUUUGGAUUUACUAAAGACAUGACACUAGUUUCCCACGUGCCCAAAAAAAGUAAAAUUGUGUUAUUGCUGUCUACGAUGCACCAUGAUAAUGCCAUAGAUUCCAAUUUAAAUAAACCUGAAAUUAUUACAUUUUAUAACAUGACAAAAGGUGGUGUAGAUGUAGUUGAUGAGCUAAAAGGAAACUAUUCAGUUGCGAGAAUAAGCCGUCGUUGGCCUCUUACAAUUUUUUACAGUCUUUUGAAUAUCGCAGGAAUUAAUAGCCAACUUAUAUACAAAGCGAACAAUAAUUGUAAUAUAAAUAGACGUGAGUUCUUACAAACACUUGGUAAGCGACUUACAAUGGGCUACUUACAACAACGUACAAAUAUCAAGACAUUACCAAUAGAGGUAAAACGAAAAAUUGCUUCAAUUUUGGGUGAAAAAUACAUAGAACAACCUAACGCUGGACCAACUCGUGAAGAAGAUGUUACUACUGUGAUCGAAAAAAAAAUAGAAAAACAAAAACGCAACGUAAAAACUGUGAAAAUUAUAUUUGUAAGGAACAUACCGUAA